AUGUUUUUCAUGACCCUGUAUUAGCAGAAAGGGAUGAGAAUGAAAUACUCAGUAAAAAGUCGUCGUAAACCGCGUCAAUCAAAUAAGAGCAGAGACUUUAAAAACGAGGUAGUCAUUCGCGUCGCGAAAUGGGUAACGGCAUUUAUAAUCUAUGGGGCUGUCUUAUCGUGUGUUGUGACGAGCAAGAUUUGUUUGCUAGUUCUAGGGCAGCAGUUUAAAAGUAUCGAUGAAACUACAACGAAUUCCACAACCAAAUAUUCGUCAGAGACAAAUAAACAGGCUCUCUUUUUGAUGCUCGUUUUGGUUUUAAUGAUCCCAGAAGCUGUUUGUUUUAUAAUUACAUGUUGGACAAGUUUGUUGGAGAAAGAUCGACCGUGGCCUUCGAAGCAAGCAUCCAUAUUUACUUUGAUUGGUGGAUUUUUAGAAGCAUGCUGCUUGUGCUACAUUGCUGUGGUGAUGGUGACAGUUCUACCUGUGAGCCCUGAUUCAAUCGUGUUACUAAUGUGCAGUGUAUCUGGGUUAUCGUUACUAUGGCAGGAAGUCUACAAAUUUUUGUGGCAACGCGAAACCCCAAUCAGCAAGCAGGUUAUAGUGGCAUCUCUACUCUCCACCGUUCUUGUUUUUACUGGCACUAUCAUUCUGUCUUUCAAGGUGACUGACCGAACAGGACAGAUUUGUUCUCAAGCUGCUUUUUACCUGCUGUCCAUUGUCUGGUCGCCCAAGUUUAGAGAAGUCCAAAUUCAAGGGAACUAUGCCAAAGGUAAGUGUCCUGAGGCCAUCAAUUCAUGUAGCAUUGUCAACAAUCCAGAGCAAGGUAACGAUGAGAUUCCAGAAUCAUCAGUCAUCAGACUUGGGACCGUGGAGAGCAGAAACAGUCACCAAGAGCAAGAUCCUACUGUAGAAGGGGAAGGAAUUCCAGUUAUUUAUUCUCGCGAUGCAAGUGAUAGUCACUCACAAGAAGGUAAUGUAACAGGAAGGAUAGCGGAUUCUAUCGAUGAGAACCAUAGAUUUAACCCAAACCCAAGUUCUUGUGUGCCAGGAAGCACAGUUCAAGCGAAAGUGGCCAUCAUUUCUUCUUUCUGUAAACUUUUUUUCAUCCCCGUAAUGGCAGUUAUAUUUUCACAAAUAUUUGACAUUGUGCAGCUCAAAAACAUCUCUAACGGAUUUCGAGAUAUAACAACUUCAAAUCCAUCAUUUUUAUACUUUAUACUUCACAUUGUAACGAGCUUCUUCGGUUACAAUUUCGGUUGGCUCGCAUGUUCUCUCGGCAUGCACUGGAUCGGAUAUGCUCUACCGUUGAUGCUGGCAACACCGAUUUCUGUUAUCGCGCCACACCUCUGGAAAAUAUGUGAAAAAAAAGCACUUCCAUUACCGUGCGCACCAAAACCUUCAUAUUAUACAAUAAUGGCCGCAGUGUUUCUGUGGCUUGCACAGUGCAUGGUGACGACCUAUUACUUGUGGAAAAGUCCCGAGGAGAAAGCAAACCGCUUGCUUUGGAUUCCAUCUUACAAUGGUGUUUGCUUUGAACAGUACUUAUUAACUUACAGACGAAACCGCUCAUCUGAAAAGGAACACUCCACACAGCAAAAUCUGCAGACCUCUAGAGGAGAGGAUAGUCAAAUGCAUGUCUUCAUUUGCACUACAAUGUAUCUCGAAAAAGACAAAGAAAUGGAAGAACUUCUUCGGUCAAUCAUAGAUGUCAACAAGAACCUACAGAACUCAAGGCACCGUUACGAAUCACACGUGUUCUUUGAUGGUUGUGUUGAUAAAGACCGGCUGAACAGUCAUGUGUUGCGGUUAGUUUAUCUGGUGAAGGAAUUCUUAAAUUUGCCUCUCAACAGUUGUAUCAAGAUGAGGACCCCUUACGGAAUGCAGCUAAAGUGGACAGUCCGGGACAAAAUGGAGUUCACAAUUCAUUUAAAGGACAGUACAAAGGUGAAGAGGAAGAAGAGGUGGAGCCAAGUAAUGUAUAUGUCCUACAUCCUGGAUUAUAAAAUCCCUGAAGGGAAAGACGACCAGUGCUUCAUCCUUUCAACAGACGGUGAUGUUAAAUUUACCUACGAGUCCGUUGAGACCUUAAUUGAUCGAAUCUGCGAGGAUACCACAGUUGAUGCAGUUUGUGCCCGUACCCAUCCUCUAGGCCGUGGACCCAUCGUAUGGUAUCAGAUAUUUGACUAUGCUAUCGGCCAUUGGUUUCAAAAGGUGACUAAUCAUAUGCUUGGCACAGUCUUGUGUUGUCCUGGAUGCUUCAGCUUGUAUAGAUGUGAGGCUUUGAGGGAUGUUUUAAAAGAGUUUGCCACUCCCGCAAAAGGUCCCUUUGAAUAUCUUUCCAAAGACCUGGGGGAAGACCGUUGGUUGUGUACACUGAUGAUACAACGUGGCAAACGAUUGACAUAUUGUGCUACUGCAAAUAACAGCACUUACUGCCCGGAGAGCUUUGAAGAGUUUUACAAACAAAGGAGACGAUGGACGCUAUCUUCCCUCGCUAACUUAGUUUUGCUGAUCAGCAAAGGGAGAGAAAUACUGAGAAAUAACAAACAUGUCUCGUUUUUAUUUAUCCUUUACCAAACGUUCGUUGUCAUUUUCUCUGUGAUCGGAUCGUCCACAUUAAUUCUGGUCAUAGCGGGUGGAAUGACACUAUCAGGUGUUCCCAUAAAGGAAAUAUAUGCAGUCGCAUUCCUCUGUCUGGUUUUUGUUGCUUAUGUAUUAUUAUGUCUCUACAAGCCAAAAUGGCAGCUGAAAGUAUCCAAGAUGUUGACCUUUCUUUUCUCAGCAAUUAUGUGCAUCAUAGUAAUUGGCAUGGCUUCUCAAGUUUCAAAAGAUUUGCAGGCAAGAAAAGUUGAUCCAACUGUUGGAACGAUAGUGUAUACGAACACAACUUUAACAGCACCAAAACUUCUGCAACACAAUUUACUGGCUGCUGUGAGUUCCCUGUACUUAGCUGGAUUGAUAGGGGUCUUUGCCAUUGCUUCUUUCUUGCAUCCAGGAGAAAUCCUUUGCUCUGUCUGUGGAAUUUGGUAUAUCUUGUGCCUGCCAUCUGGCUUUCUGUUGUUGACGAUAUACUCCAUUUGCAAUUUAACCGACACUUCUUGGGGAACAAGAGAGGGAGAUUAUUCUGGGUGUCCAUGUUUGUGUCUGCAAAGAUCACAUCAAAUUAGACCAGAUCAGGAUGAAAAAGAGAGUAAGGGUCCCGGUCCGUCAGGUCUAAACAGGAAAGCAGAGUCACCAAAAGGAAUAACAACAAGUAAGGCUUGA